AUGCAGCUCACCAGUAUCUUCACCGCGCUCGUCCUCGGCGCCACCGCUGUUGCGGCCGCUGCCGUGCCCCAGCUCGAGCCCCGUGCAGCUGCGACCUGUGGUUCCGUCUUUUACUCUGCCACUGCCGUUAACGCCGCCUCGCAGCGUGCUUGCACCAACUACAAGAACGGCAACGCCCCUGGCGGCUAUCCUCACACCUUUAACAACCGCGAAGGCUUCUCAUUCGCCGUGGCCGGACCAUACCUCGAGUUCCCUAUCAUGAGCAGCGGUGCUCUGUACACUGGUGGCUCGCCCGGCCCCGACCGUGUUGUGAUCAACACCAACUCGUGCCAGCAAGCCGGCGCCAUCACCCACACCGGUGCCAGCGGCAACAACUUUGUCAAGUGCAAGUAA